GCUGGGAAAUUGCGGCCGGUCAAGUCAAGAGCGGUCAAUCAGCUGUGCGUUUAGAUUUGGUUAAUUACGACAAUACAUCGCAGUAGCAGCGCAGAAAAGCAGUGGAACGAUGAGCGAGGCCGGCACCAACGUGGAUGCAGUGGCGGCCGAGAAGGAGCGCAAGUUUCGCAUCCAGGCCGGCGCCUUUCUGGGCUUAGUGGGUGGCGUAUCCGCUCUGUUUGGAUUCUCCCGCACGCUGGCCACCGCGAAGAAGACGGACAGCAAGGUCCUCCAGCAGGCUGGAACGCGGCAAGGAAUGAUAUUGAUGGACGAGGGCGCCACCUUGGCCCUGCGGGCCUUGGGAUGGGGCACUCUGUAUGCCGUCAUGGGCACCGGCGCCUUCUGCUACGGCUUCUGGAAGCUGUCCGGAGCCAAAGACUUCCCGGAGUUUCGCCUCAAGAUGGGCAACGCACUGCCAAGAAUCACCAAGGACGAACCGCCUGCCAGCCGCACAGACUUUGAGAGCCUCACAGACCUCAUGAAGUACCUGGCCGCCUGGAACAAAGAAUGAGCAGCUCACAACCACACAAUUUAAAUUAAACCUAACGCCUAAGUAGACAAUAACAUAAACCAAAACCGUUGUUAACUUGAGUUUAUAUACAGGCAAAUAUUUUCUUUUCAA